AUUUGAUGAGUGCGCUUCGUGUUUAGUGACAGUGAAUAUAUUUGUUGGUUGGAUUGAUUGCAGCGAACAACGCAGAAAGAAUGGACUACUUUGAAGCAGACUAAGCUCUGCUUUUUUCCCCAGCAGUGGGCUCCGAACAACGAUGCGGAAGUUCAAGAACCGCAACGUGUCCACUGCAACUGCCACCGGAUCCCGAUCGGAUGACGAUCGAUUGUAAAUUCUUGUCGGUACUUCGGGGCGUGGAAAACUCGACCACAAAGGAUUUUCAUUCUGUUCCCUCCCAUCCCACCACCAUGGAAGAAAAACUGCAGAAUGUGUGCGACUGAAAAUUAAUGAACGUAAUUCAAUUCUGUGCUGUGGAGAGAGCGCUGGCUGUUCCGUUACAUCGUGUUGUGUAAAGCCGAGGGCACUCGAAAGAAUUAUCAUGCCUUCGCAAUAAAUUAUAGCAAUUGAUCGGAGAGAUACGAAACAGAAUCGUCCGAAUGGGACUCCCGGUAGAGCUGUGGCGGUAGUUUGGAAAACAAUGAUUUAACUCUCCCGUUCCUCCGUUCCGUGCGUUUGCAAAAAAAAGCACACCGGGAAAAGAACACCACUUCCGUUUCGGUGGCACGAUGCGGUCAAAUGCAAGCACCACUAAGCUACCAAUGUGUUGUUGAAAAAUGAGAAUCGAUGCAGUUCCGCCGUUGAUGUUGCAAGCAGCAGCAGCAGCUAGAAGUGAGCUUUCCGUCGAAGCGUGGGAUGAAUCGUGAACCAACCAUCGAGCGCACGGUCCGGUUUACAAAUGGAGUGUUGGCCAAAUAAUAAACAUUCGUAGUAACGAGAGUGGUCAGGCCGGAGCCGAGCAGGGGAAUCUAACGUGUUGGCGGUGUGGGAGCAAAACGGAACGGCCUCGGAAGUGCACGGACUGCAACUGCCAGUUAGUAGUGAAUGAAAACAUAUCAAAUUGUUUGUGAAAACGUGAAAUAUAGUGUGGCGUAAGUUUCGGGGCCACUAACAGUUCUCGUCAACAUGAAGCAUUAGCCGCCACAUGUGAUGCCGAUGCCGGAAAAAAGCCGAAUCGAAAUGUGAAAGAGUUUCAUCGAAUUGGUAGAAGGAAAGAAAAAAAAAACAAUUUUCCAUGCAAUUUAUUUCAAAUUUGUGCUAUAAAGCGUGUCACAGUCACACCGUUGAAACGGUUCUUGGCGUUUGAGUCGAAAAAAUCCAUUGAAUCGAGAAAUUGGCAGCGAUUGUAUUCUGUUUAUCGAUCCAGUCGAGAAAAAAACAGGACGAAACAGCAAUAAAACAAAAAACUUUCGAUUUUAAUGCCAAUUUCGAUGGAAUGAAUCAAAAUUAUCCAACCGGAGCGCGGUUCGCGAUUCAGUGGUGUGGAGCAGAGGAAAUCGGUGGAAAACUUUUCCCGAACCCAAUCAUCGUUUGUAAUUUAUAUUGUUGAUAGUGUCUGGCCAAAGCGGAAGAAGCAGUGAUUUAAAGCGAUCGUUCGAACUGAAUUCAAAUGAAGCCAAUUAUUUAAACACACGCUGGGGUGAAUCAACGAUCAAAGAUCAAACGCAUUGAGGCAGCAGUGGUAGGAAGUGAGGACGUUUGUGUGUGCGUGUGAUAACCAACCGUGGAGCGGUGCUGUAGGACUUAGACCAUGGCACCGACAUCAUGUGGCCCCGGGAGGCCACCUUCGUUACCAGAUGAUAGUGGUGGCGGCGGAUGGCGCCGGCGUUGGCGGUCAACGGGAAACCCUCUGGUGGUAGUCCAGUGCUGGACUGUUUUGCUGUUGAUGACGUUUAUGCUGGCCGUUGACCUACGUACUGUAAAUGCCGAGAAAACGAAAGCUUAUCACAUGGAUACAAUCUGUAAAACUCAUUUUUUACAACAACUGUAUAGGAAAAUAGAUGGUGCUACACUCUCCUCGAAGAACGAGAGAAACCUAAACUGUGUUAUCACAUUUCAAACACACUCGAUACUGCAGAGAUUUAUGUUACGUUUCGAUAUGCUACAAUUAGACUGUAAUGAUCAUUUAUAUGUAUAUGAUGGAGCACACGCUGUCGGUAUACAUAAGGCGGAUUUAACCUGUAAGGACACAAAACAAUCAGUGGGAGCGCUCUUCACUAAGACGAACUUUCUCACAUUCAAGUACGUGACCGAUAACUGGGGCACGGAAACAAACGGUUUCAAAAUGGUUAUAACAUCCGUCAAAGAUUCAAAGAUCAACUGUGCCGACUUCCGGUGUACGCAGCCGGAGUUCUGCAUAUCGUCGGAGCUGGUGUGCGACGGAGUGAACCACUGUGCGGACGGGUCCGACGAGGCCAUCGGGUCGCAAUGUGCCGCGCCGAACGAGUACAUGACGACGAUCUUCGGGCUGGACCUGAUGGUGCUGAUAUUCGUCGGCGUCGGGUGUCUGGUGGUGUGCGCGGUCAUCGUCUUCCUGGCGAUCUGUGUGUACCUGCGAAACUCGCGAGCACCCAACCAGCUUCACUCGUCGAUGCAACUCAAUCAGAUGAUAGAAUCGAACGGUUCGUCGAAGCAUCUGCACGGAACACUGCCGCGGGAAACAACAACGCUACCUGCUUCGGGAAACUUGCAUCACCCUGCGGGACCAUUAGGGUACCUCCGCAUUCCACACAAAUUGAUGGCCAAAGUCCGUCCCAUUUGGUGCCUGGCAAAUUAAGACAAUUAGGUCCGGAUUUAUCGCAGCAAACCUCACAGAAAGAUGAGUGGUUUGUCUAGAGCUAGACAGGAAACACAUAGAGCAACAAAAAUGAAAACAAUUUAACCAAAAUUAAAAUCACCGAGAAAUCAAUGGAAACAACUAUCUACUAGAGCACGAACAAUGAUGGCAAACAGGAAAUAAAAGCAGCAGCAACAGAGGAAAGGAAACAACUCAACUCAACGGUUAAAAACAACAUGCAGCGGAACAAUAGAAAGUUACAGAAACAUCAGGAAUGAAGGAAAGAACAUCAACAAUCCAACUGGCAUAGCAGCAGCAAAACGUAAGAUCAAACAGAAAAGCACAAUGCAGCAUAUCAAGAUCACGAUCACAUCACGCUAAACGCUUGUGAAACCUAUCUUCUCGAAUUGCAACAUCACGGCUUCAACAAAGAGGACUGCUAUUUAUUUCACGUUUCUAAAGGUAGCACAACCAAGAUCGAAACCAAAAGCAGCUAAACAGUAAAGGAAGGUGAAAUAAUAGUAGAAAUAAUAUGUGCACAGUAUAGGAAGAAGAUAUAAAAAACCGAAAGGGCAAAGGUGACGAACGUUCAGCAGGAAGGCAAAAUUUCAUCAGCAAUCCAUACCGAAACCGAGAUGUGUAACAAAUUGGAAACAAAAUCAUUCAUUCCGAAGAGCAUACGAACAAAUCACACAAUCGAACAACAAUUUUUGGCACUAUAUGAAGACUGUCUGGUUGGUCAUCAAAAACCGCGCAGGGUGUAAAAUAAAAAAAGGGAGAAACAGUGUACCCAAUAUCUAGCAAUUACUUUUUGUACAUAGUGGACAUAGUGAGGCGAGUUACUAUCGACGAAGGCGAAGGAGCAACGGCAACGUUCCUCCUGUUCGGUGGUUUAUUGAACUAGUGGAGCGAUCGGUUAAGAAUCAGUUGGUGAUGAUGUUUGCGAAUAUAAGAUUGAAUGCAUCGUCGAGCAAGGUCAUAGGGAAAUACUUUGUGCAAGUGGCACAUACCUGUAAAGUGAUGAGAGAUGUAACUGUCGUUAAGGUACGGCAAAAUCUGUUAAUCUAAUCUUUGUUUUAAGAGCUUGUAAAAAAAACAUUGGUAAGAAAACGGGACAGAAAAAAGCGAAAAAAUACCAAAAAACUAAACAAAUGUUCUGAAGCUGAUGAAGUUACGAGUAGUACUUUGAAAAAUCAUCAAUUAUUGUGUGUGUAUGUGUGCGCUGAAAGGAAAAAGUGAACCGGAUAUGGCGAGGAAGACUAAAGUAAGAGUUUGGUUUAAUAUAGAUUACUGUAGAGAAGCACUCAGCGUUCAACCAACAUCGAGUGGGAGUUUUAUGGAAUGUUUUUGUUGCCCAACAAAAGAAAAGUAUCAGCUGGCAAAUCCAUCAAGUUGGAACCUGUCAUACAAGAUAAAUUUUCACCAAAUUGGUAACCGGGAAAAAAUUGAACAUCUAGAGAGGAAGCCACUUUCAAUUUUCUGUCUUAUAGAACAAAAGUUUGGAACUACGGAUGUAUCUAUCAUUAGAUGAGAUUAGCUCUUCGGAUGCAGAUUAGGUGAAAGAGUGCUGCUAAAACGUUCUACUUACUACCUUACUAUCUUGUCGCUUCUGUGAUCUACAGUUUUAACGUGCAAUGCGAGUGGCACAUUAUAUGUGGCCAAUAAUUUCACAAUACACUCAGUGUACGACAAAUUUCAUACCAAUAGUAAAAUGGUCCUAUUCACUUAACAAAUCUAUGAGAAGUUUUACUCCAAA